AUGACUAGUUUGAUGAUGACACCAAGAAGGAGAAGAAGAGCUGCUUCUUUAGCUGGUUCUUCUCCAUCAAUAUCGGCAUGCCGCUUCUAUGCUACUUCUACAGCGGUGAGCCUUCUGCUAAGAGAGGAGGAGAUAGGGCUGGCACAUAAGCGACACGCCAAUAUUGAUAGAGAAGCAGAACCAGUUGAAGAAAGAGCUCUCCUUCUCGGCGUCAUCAUCGAACUGGUCGUGGCUGAUGAUAGAGAGCCCUUAGAUUCUUUUGUCAUUUCUUGUGGUCUUCCCUCUAAUGUGGGCGUAGAUAGUCACGGACGACGGUGGCGAUCGGAUUAUAGAUUCUUAACCUCUUCCACUAACACGAUAAACUCAACAGCACAAUACCAAGACCCUUCUCUUCCUUCCCAAAUUCCUUACAUGUCCGCGAGAAUCUUCACUUCCCCAACCACAUACAAAUUUCCCGUCUCUUCUGAAACUCGCCACUGGCUUCGACUCCAUUUUUACCCUUCAGAAUAUAGCGGCCUUGAUCCCUCCGAUGCUUAUUUUGCAGUUCAUGCAAAUGAUCUUAUUCUCCUCCACAAUUUCAGUUCCUUCAUUACAGCACAAGCUUCAACACAAGCCUAUUUCAUCAAAGAAUACUCUCUUCUACCAAUUCAAUCCGGAGAACUCAGCAUUACCUUCUCACCUUCUUUGAGGCACCAUGGAUCAUAUGCUUUUGUUAAUGGGAUUGAGAUAGUCUCUAUGCCUGAGAUGUUCAAGCCUGCCAAGUUGGUCUCCACUGACCGUUUUAUUGAUGUUGGGAGCAGGUCGUUGCAGACUAUGUUUCGUUUGAAUGUUGGAGGACAAUUCAUAGAACCCAACAAGGACUCUGGUCAUUUGAGCAGGACAUGGUACAACGAUAGCCCCUAUCUACUUGGAGUAAGAAGUGGGGUCACUUCUGGCGCUGAUGAGAAUGUGACGAUUCAAUACCCUUCUGAUAUGCCUCGCUCCAUUGCCCCUGUAGAUGUCUACAGCUUUGCAAGAACCAUGGAUCCUAAUGCUAGUGCCAACCAGAACCACAAUCUCACUUGGGUGUUUCUGGUUGAUCCAAUUUUUACCUACGUUGUGAGGCUUCAUUUCUGUGAGUUGGAAUUAGACAAGAUUAACCAAAGGGUGUUUGAUAUUUAUGUUAAUAAUCAAACAGCCCAAGAAACUGCCGAUGUCUUAGCAUGGACAGGUUCCAGAGGGGUUCCUGCUUAUAAAGACUACGCAAUUUCCAUCGCUGAUGGGCGUGGUGAUGAAACAUUAUGGGUCACUUUACGCCCUUCUGUUUCAAAGCAACCAGAAUACUAUGAUGCUAUUCUUAAUGGAUUGGAGAUUUUUAAGGUUAGUUCAGAUGAUAGAAAUUUAGCUGGGCGCAAUCCUACACCAUCAGAUAUGCUUCUUAAAGAUGAAGCUAGGAAGGAAUUUAGCUCUUCAAAAAUAAAUCACGCUCCAAUCAUAGGAGGGGUUGCUGGAGGAGCUGUUGGGGCUGCUUUUGCUGUUGCUAUGUGUUUUGUUGCCUAUAGGAAGAGAAGACAAGAUGAUGGGAAUGAUUCUGUUACCAGGAGUUGGUUGCCUCUAUAUGGGCAUUCGCAAACAACAGCUAGCAAAUCAACUUUCUCGGGUUGUAGCAGUACUCUUUCAUCAUUGAGACAAGGGUUAUGUAGACACUUUUCAUUGCAAGAGAUCAGGCAUGCUACAAAGAACUUCAACAAAUCACAGGUUAUUGGUGUUGGUGGGUUUGGGAAAGUCUAUAAAGGUGUCAUAGAUGGAGGGACCAAUGUUGCUAUAAAGAGAUCAAACCCAACUUCUGAGCAAGGACUCUUGGAGUUUCAGACUGAAGUUGAAUUGCUUUCAAAGCUAAGGCACAAACAUUUAGUCUCUCUGAUUGGGUUUUGUGAAGAAAAUGGUGAGAUGAUCAUAGUUUACGAUUACAUGGCCAAUGGAACAUUAAGAGAACACCUAUACAGAAGCAAUAAGCCAGCUUUACCAUGGAAGCAAAGGCUCAAAAUCUGCAUAGGAGCUGCAAGAGGGCUUCACUACCUUCACACUGGUGCCCAGUUCAUCAUCAUUCACAGGGAUGUUAAAACCACAAAUAUACUGUUAGAUGAUAAAUGGGUAGCAAAAGUAUCCGACUUUGGGCUGUCCAAAACAGGUCCUGAUCUGCACCAAACCCAUGUGUCGACAAUUGUGAAAGGUAGCUUUGGAUACUUAGACCCUGAGUACUUCAAGAGGCAGCAACUCACAGAAAAAUCCGAUGUUUACUCUUUUGGGGUUGUUCUUUUCGAAGUGAUUUGUGCGAGGCCUGCGCUAGAUCCUAACUUGCCUAGAGAACAAGCAAGCCUGGCGGAUUGGGCUUUAAUGUGUCAAAGGGAGGGGAAUUUGGAGAGCAUCAUUGAUCCAAAACUUAGAGAUGAAAUCAGCCCUGUGUGUUUGAAGAAAUUUGUGGAGACUGCUCUGAAAUGUAUAAUUGAUCAGGGGCCUGAAAGGCCUUCAAUGGGUGAUGUAUUGUGGAACCUUGAAUUUGCACUUCAAUUGCAGGAGAAUCCAGGUGGAGGGGAGCAUGCAGCAGUAGAGAAGGCAAAUAACGCUUAUGCUAUUCAUAAUGCUAAUGGUAUUUUGAACCCUGGAGAAGGGAGUACAAGUGCAACAGCAGAUGAGAUUGAUGAUUCCAGUACAGUUUUUUCGCAAAUUUUUGAGCAGAAAGGAAGAUAA